AUGAAGACCCUGAUCACCCUUUCGUUCCUCUUUCUGGCCUUUACUCCGUUCGGCUGCGCCCAGGAGCCUGGAUUGACUUCGGCCAUUGCGCAACUCCCGUCGUGCGCGCUAUCAUGUCUUACUACCGCGCUCGUAGAAUCGCCAUGUCAACUCACAAACACAACAUGCAUAUGCACCAAUGCUCAAUUGCAGAGCAGUGUCGAGGGCUGUGUGCUACAGUCGUGUACAAUGAAGCAGGCUCUGACUACGAAGAAUGUCACGCAAACCGCUUGCGGUGCGCCCGUCCGCAGUAAGGUGCAGUCAUUGCGCGUGGUAAACAUUACCCUAGGGGUAAUCACCGCGGCAUGUGUUAUCCUACGCAUCACCUACAAGGCAGUCUUUACUGCUGGAGAGCUCGGAUGGGACGAUUACUUCGUAAUUGCAACAUUGCUCGUGGGGACGCCUAGCACGAUUAUGACAGACCGCGGCACGACAGCGAAUGGUCUCGGCAAGGACAUCUGGACGGUGCCGUUCACCCAGAUCACCAACUUUCUCCGAUGGUUCUACAUCAUGGAGAUCUUCUACUUCCUGGAACUCACCGUCUUGAAACUCUCGCUCCUCUGCUUCUUCCUGCGCAUUUUCCCCGCGCGGCUCGUAAAGCGGCUCAUCUGGGCAACUAUUAUAUUCGACGUGGUCUACGGGAUUGCCUUCAUGUUCGCCGCCGCCUUCCAAUGCAGACCUAUCAGCUAUUAUUGGGACAGAUGGGACGGCGAGCACUCCGGGAAAUGCCUCAAUAUAAACGCUAUAGCGUGGGCUAACGCGGCGAUAAGCAUUGCGCUGGACGUAUGGAUGCUUGCCCUGCCGCUCUGGCAGGUCCUGUACCUCAAACUGGGUUGGAAAAAGAAGGUUGGGGUUAUCAUGAUGUUCUUCGUCGGCACUUUCGUCACCGUGGUCUCGAUCCUCCGCCUCCAGUCCCUCGUUCACUUCGCGACCUCCACAAACCCGACAUGGGACCAAGUCGACGUCAGCAACUGGAGCACAAUUGAGAUUAAUGUGGGCUUAAUAUGCGCCUGCAUGCCCUCUAUCCGCGUCAUCCUUGUUCGUCUCUUCCCCAAGGCCCUCGGCUCCUCUAGAUACGCUUCGAACCAAUACUACUCCAAAUACGGCCGGAGCAAUCCGGGCCUCGGUAAGAGCGGGAACAAUUCAAAUGUACUUGGGAGUCGACUGGGCAGGGACCAGAACGCGACCGGGCUCAAUAAGAAUGGGAUAACGUAUACGAAGACGUUUGAGGUGCAGCAUGGGGAUAAUGAUGAGGAGCAGCUCGUUCAGAUGGACGACCUGAGUGGGAAGGGGAAGCCGCGGAGUAGUAACUCGAGUGAAGUGAGUGUGGCUAUCUCUCCUUUACCUACUUCUCCGGCUGCUGCACCGAGAACAUGA